UAUACAUAUACACGAAUAGACUAUUAUGUAUGUGUUAGAAAGAACUAUGUAUAUGUAUAUAUCUUUGUAAUACGAUUUAAGUUGUUUCUUAAUCAGUUUUUAUCGCUGAUAUCUUUAGAUAAUUGAUAAUCACUGAACCUCAGAGGAGGUAUAGGCACAGACGAGAUUUUAGAUAAGACCAAGUAACUUAUGAAAGUUUGUGUUUUAUGAUCUGAAAUAUCGACAUCAUCUAUAGAAGUUCUUCAAAUGCCAUCUAACAUAUUUCCCGUGUAACUCAAACUGAUUUCAUCAAUAAUUUAAAAAAUUGUAUUAUUUACAUCUCCUUUGUGUUUUGGGAAUUUGUAGUUUAACGUCAAAUUUUAUUUUAAGUUAUUCGUUUCUUCGUAAAGAUAUUAAGUUUACAUAGGUAAAAUGUCAUAUCGUCAAUAUUGUCAUUUUUCAAAAGUAAAGUCAACUGCGUCAAGUGUAGAACCUAACCACGUGUAGAGAAAAAGGAAGUUAAAUACUUGCGAAAACACGUUGCGGUUUAAUAUUUUACUGUAUCGAGUAUUGUAUUAAGUAAACCAUGGAAGUUAAUAAAAGGAUCGUGAAGAAAAGAAAGGUAAAUCGUCCAAAGCGACCUAUAAAUAUGGUGCACAGAGAAAAACGCGUGCAUUCGAGGGCAUUGUAUACUAAAAAGUUUAAAGCACCUUUGAAGAAAGUUCGCAAAAAUGAAUAUGAUCCAAAAGAAGAAGCCAGGUUAGAAAAUAUCGUAUUUGGCGAUCCCAGCGAUAUUAUAAAUAAUUUGCCAAACGAAGAAGAAUUGAAUGAAAGUAAAACUAUUACUACAAGUAGCAAUGAUUCAGAACAUUCUAAAGAAGCUGCAUGGGUUGAUGAAGAUGAUGUUAAAUAUUCAGUACAAGCUGCUGCAAGAAUACAAGGUAGAAAAAUUGACAGCAGUGUACCACAAAAGUUAUAUAAAGACUAUUUACACAAUAAAUAUAAACAACUUGUGGGUACUCCAAAGUGGGCCGAGCUUAACAGAGUAGACAAAGAAUCUGAUGAUUUGGAUAAUGAAAUAUUAAAGCAUAGCUGCCAUUUAGAGAAACCUAAAGUAAAAAACUUAUCAAAAGAUAUAAUAGAUAUAAAAGCACUGACUUCCAUAAAUAAGCAAACACAUACAGAAGGACCAAUUGUAUCCAGUGUUGAAUUUCAUCCAACUUCUACUGUUGCCUUAGUUGCUGGCUCAUCUGGAAUUUUAUCCCUUUUUCAAGUAGAUGGUAUUGAAAAUAAUAAACUGCACACAAUGCAAUAUAAGAAGUUUCCCAUUAGUACAGCAAAAUUUUUGCAAGAGGGUACAGAAGUCUUGCUUGGUUCUCAAUAUUAUUCGCAUUGUCAUUCUUAUAAUUUACUCAGUGGAAAGACAUAUAAAGUACUACUACCACAUGGGGUCACUAAUAUGCAGAAAUGCGAAGUGUCUCCAGAUGGGAAAUUAUUAGCACUUUGCGGACGAUUGGGUGAAAUUUUCUUAUUAGCAAGUUCAACCAAAGAACUUAUAGCUACCUUAAAAAUGAAUACAAGAUGUAGGGCGUUGUGUUUCACUUCAGACAAUAAGAAUCUUAUUACACAUGGUGAUAGCAAUGAAAUGUACAUCUGGGAUUUGAACAGUCGUAUGUGUAUUCAUCGAGCUCUAGAUGACGGAUGUCUAUCUUGUGAGUCAAUUGCGAUGUCUCCGAGUGGUCAAUUUUUAGCAACAGGUAGUAAAGAAGGUGUAGUUAAUUUGUACGAUACUAAAACGGUAUUAGAAAAUCAAAUUCCAGUUCCUUUGAAAAUUGUUUUAAAUCUUGUAACGUCAGUUACCAGUUUGAAAUUUAAUUCUCAUUCUGAAAUAUUAGCAAUGUCUUCAAACAAAAAGCAUAAUGCUUUUAAGAUGAUGCAUUUACCAUCAUUUACAGUCUUUUCAAAUUUUCCAACGUUUCAAACAAAUAUAAUGAUGCCAGAAACCAUUGAUUUUUCACCAAGCAGUGGUUACUUAUCAAUUUCUAAUAGAUCAAACAGUGCUUUUUUGUAUAGAUUAAAACAUUAUGGAAAUUACUAGGGAUAAAUCAUCUUGUAAAAUAUAGUGAAAAUUAAGAACACGUUUCGGAUAUUGAAUAGAUUUAUUUAUAUACAAAGUGCAUAUGUCUAUAACAAUUACAAGUGUUAUUCUUUUUGUUACUUUGAAUACAUAUAUACGUAUUUUACUCAACGGAUUACCUGUACCGCGGCAUAAUAAUAAUGUCGUAUAAAAUCGAAUAAAAAAGGUUUGACAUUUAA